AUGUCUACUAGGUCCAACAACCCCAAUCUGCACGGACCUCUCCCUCCAGCGACCCGACCUCGCCGUAGCAAGUCAGCUGGAGGAACGGGUGAACCGUUUGAGAUUGAUAACAAUUCAAAAGAAACUAGCGCCGAUAGCCACCAAGGCGACGGCGACAUUGGCUCGCAACGGCUCAGCCCAGAUAACCAACCCUGCGAUGACCGUAGCGGAAAAAACCGCAGUCCCAGCGACAACUCUCGCGACCAAUGCCCCAGACUCCAUGGACUUGGAUCCGUUGGCGCUAAAAACGCCAGUCCCGAGAAUGGAUCCAGCGACCAUAGCUUCGGAAGCGAUGGACGUGGAUCCCGUAGCUUCAACCUCUUCGGUGGAUAUCCAGCUACUCCGCAAGUUGCCGGAGAAGCAGGUGACAGUCAAAAAGUUCUACAGAAGCUAAUUCCCCGCGAGGAAUUGGAAGAGUUCGUCAAGGGCUGGAACCCUUGGACGAUCAAGAAAGAAUUAUUUCCCACCGCGCCGAAGAACAACGACGGCAAGAAGCGCUCCUCCUCCUCCAAAGGAGCGAAGGAACGUUACAACGACCCGAAACGUUGGAAAAUGGUCAUGAGGGGCUGCAACACCCUCGAGGCAGCAUACCGCCACAUGGCGGACUAG